AUGCAUCUCAGUAUGCGCAGCAAGUUGCACGAGAAAAACACCACCACCACCACCACCACCACCACCCGCAGCGCCAGUACCAAGCACGCGCUCUCCCAACUGCCAAGCAUUCUGGUGAUCCUGUUCCUGGUAACACUGUGGUUCCGUCAGCGCACACCUGCCCAAAAGCGGAAGUUGAAGACCCGCAUGCAAAAAGAGCGCCUCGUACGCCGUCUGCGCGCAAAGCGCACAUACGAUGACCAUGUUGAGCCGCGGUCUAUGGAGGUCAUGCCGAAGACGGCGGGUUUCAGGGUUGUUGUUGAAGCUUGGGAGAUUGAUGCUACUGUGCCUGAGAAGUCGUGCUCUGGGAUGGUGUAA